CGUGGGUUUUGUUUGUAAACACUGCGUGCUGUUGGCAAAAUUUAAACUGAGAAAUAGUGUAUCGCGGAUUAUUUAUGGUCAUUAUAUUUUAGGGUAGGUAAUGUUUAUUUGACUGUAGCAUUCUCAGUAGGGUAUUAACGCAUCUGUAGGUUUGCAAAUCAUUGGUCAACUCGGUAUAUAAACACUGGCACGUGUUAAUGUUAUUGUAAACAAACCAAGCGCGGAAGCAUUAAUUAUUAUAAGGCUUUCAAGUAAAGGUUUUUGUGGAGGUAAAAGUUACUGAAUUAACAAUUUUUUUUUUAAUCUGACUAGAUUUUCAUCUCUUGAUGCUAGCAGUGAUAUAUACUACAAAUGGUCCAUAGUUGUUUACAUUGUUGCACAUAUUUCUUAUUAAAAUUUUGGUUUAAAACUUAUUUCUUGUUUUUAUUAUGUUAUCAACAAGUACAUGCAAUGCUGCCCUUUACAACUAUUAAAAGGAGAAUUCUCACAACAGUUGACUUUUUCACUAAAUAUCUUAAUGCACAAAUUUUCAGUUCUUUGUGAAUUACAUCUGUGCCAAGGAUUGUAGAGUACUCCCUUGGCUAACAAAGAUGUGUGAAUAAUUGAGAGCAAUGGUUGAUCACAAAAAUCUUCAUUAUUUAAUAACAUUAGAUAUUGUAAAUAAUCCUUUGAAAAAUAUUCUGAAGAAAUGAAUGGAAUUGUAAAAAUAUAUAUCUGUAAUUGAAUUUUUGUGUGAAAAGAGCUACUGUACAGAUGUAUUAGAAGCAUUAUUCCUGUAUGAAGGAUAAAUAUUCUUGGUAUUGCUUGAAUUCAAAGCUGUAUGUGUGUUUUUAAUAUAUGUACAGCUAAUCUUCGUUAUCGGGAAUAUGUAAAUAGAGUUGCCAGUCCAAACCACUUCUUUUUUGUGUGUGUGUUAUCCUUGUUAUCGCAAAUCCUUGGAUAUCUCAAAUUUAAUUUCAGUCCUGUUGAAUUUGCAAUAACAAGGUGUGACUGUAGUCAAUGGCAUCAAAAUAUUCACAGGUAGAAGACUCUCCAUUGAGAUUUAUAUAAAGCUAUAUCUACUCUGUGUACAUACAAUAAGGGAUGAAGCAUUGAUAAACUGGACAGUACAUAGUUUCAUUAUAAUCUUUGCUUUCUUAGCACGACGCCAUUGUGGCCCUUCAGGCCUUUGAUUUCUUGAUGUGCUAAGAUAUUACAUAGAAAUGGUGUACCUGACUCAACAUACCGGUACAAAAAUGCUUGAUUACAAGUCAGAAUGUCUACCGUAUCUCUACCAAGAGCUUGUAUCAACUUCCUGAAAUGUAAAGAAUACUCGUCUUCAAAGAAAAGAUCAACAAUGAAAUAUUUCCUGUUUCUCUUCCCUGUCGACAUUUGUUUGAUGACUGGACUCCCGAUCGAACACAAACUAUGCGCUCCUUCUUGUUUGUUGUCUUGGUACUGAGCUGCUCGGGCCACAAGUUCCAAUUUGUGCCUGGGGAGUCUAGACGAUUUGUCUACCCAGGGAACACUGGAGGCCAUUUGUAUUGCACAGUCUGUCAGACCGGGAAUAAUGACGAUGACAACCGAGCUCAUCAAGAGCCUACAUGUGUGAGGCAAAACUUUAAGGUGCUAAUGCCGAACAACGGUGCCUACCCAAUCUGCAAGGAGGGCGUAAGAGGUAGCGUCAUUCCAGGCUGUGGUCCUUUACCGACGUCACAUGAUCUGUCCUGGGAAACAGAUUCCGGUAGACCCGCUCAGGGGAAUAGUACGGUGUAUGAAGUAUAUUACCCAAAAUGUCGUCUGCCAGGUAAACUGAACCGGAAGCUCAGGAGUGUUCGGUGUGGGGAGAAUCUAACAUGGGACAUGGACCCUUCAGGAAUCGCAUGUCGCUACGGCUGUGGUCCUUUACCGACGUCACAUGAUCUGUCCUGGGAAACAGAUUCCGGUAGACCCGCUCAGGGGAAUAGUACGGUGUAUAAAGUAUAUUACCCAAAAUGUCGUCUGCCAGGUAAACUGAACCGGAAGCUCAGGAGUGUUCGGUGUGGGGAGGAUUUAACAUGGGACGUGGACCCUUCAGGAAUCGCAUGUCGCUACGGAUGUGGAAAAUUCCCAAACGGAUCGGAGUGGAGACUGUUGAAUGGGUCGGAAGCUGGGAAAGAAAGCUUAAUGGGAACAUCGUACGUCCUGCUGUGUCUACCAUGGUGCAGAACGAAGAUGCAGAAGAUGCAGAUUCACUGUGGAUUUGAUUUAGAGUGGAACUGGCACCCAUCCCUGAACACAUGUGAAUGUGAUGAUGCGGAGAAUCAAAUCUGGAUAUACGUGUAUAUACUGGGGUCAUUGGUGAUGAUAGCUGCCAUCUGCGUUUUCAUGCAUUACAUCCUCAUCAGAAAGAAGUGUGUGGGAAACAAAGUAGUCGGCGAAUCGUUGAAGACUCCGAACAAAAGUGAAACCUCACAGCUGAUUGGUCUACCUAUUAUUCAAGUAAUUCCACCGGACCCGGGUAGUAGUAGCGCUGACACAUGUAUCACAAAUCUGACCGAGAGAAUACCCGAGGAACAAGACGAACAAGAGGAUCUAUUCUAUACACUGAAUCCCUUCAGGGACAAACCUACAAAAACAUGUAGUGAAAAUAUAAGGGUAUUCCAGGCGUUAAGGACAUGUGGAAACGAAAAAGGCAUAUCGGAGUUUAUUGUGCAAAAAGGUGAAGCUGUGUAUAUUGCCACAAAUGUGAUUGUGAAAAGUCCAAACUAUCUUCGAAUAUGGCGGGAAAAUAACACCGCUUAUCGAGGCCAAGACGUCUACCCUUUCCUGCAUUGUAUUCAGUGCGUUGAAUCUGUGGACUCUGGGUUGUAUUUUUGGACUACUACUGAAAACUGUCUUGAAGAAAAUGUUUUCUUGUUGAAGGUGACAGAUCGUGGGCAACCAGAUGGUCACGAGAUUUCAAUACCCCUAUUGUCGAAACAAAAGAGUUGUGAAGAACAGAUACAUUUUCUUGAAUAUCAUUCCUUUCCUUCCAAUCCAUGUUUGGCUGCCCCAUCCCUGGCAUCCUUAAACAAUGUCACAAAUGAUGAACCCGUAUGCACGCUGACAGUAGAUACUAUCUUCCGUGACAAUUCUUUGGAACUCUUUCGGAAGCGGCUUUGUGACUGCCUCGAUAGCCCGACUUCCUGUCAAGCGCGAGCAUGCUGGCGUGCAAUUGCCAAAACAUUCCUGUGCCGGACGGAUUCCUUCAUUUCAAGUCUGGAAUGGUACAAAGGCGACAACGACGAUGGCCCCACGAAUCUAAUUUUGAACGACUUACGGGAACAGCACAAAAACCUGACGAUUGGUCAUCUUACAACCAGUUUACCCAGAAACUCGGACUUACUGAACAAUGUCUUAAAGUUUCAUAAAAAUUGUGCUUUUUGCAGUCGCCUUUCCGACAAACUUCAACAGACUGAGCCAAAGGAUGUUUGUAGCGGGAAGAAUUAGGAUAGUGUUGUUCCAGAUGGUCAGUCAGAUCACAUGACACUGAUAUGGUAGGAAAACCACACCAGAUGAUCCUCAACAUGUCGAUGGUUGAAAUUGAAUUCUAGCAACGUCAAAUUUUCAAAAUAAAAAAAAGGAUGUUGCAACGACCUUGAAAGUCUUCAUAUUAAAUGCAGGGAAGGCAUAGAGAUCCAAAAUAAAAUUCCGUGAAGUACUGAAUUGCCGAUGAGUGCUAAGUCACAGUAGAUUUCUACGAAUUCACUAAGGAAGCAAAUUUCUUUUUGACACCAAUAAUCGGAAGUAUGACGUAUCCGGAGUAACGCUCCAAUCAGAGAACCUCUGAGAAGGCAUGUUGGACUGUAUGAAACCGUGUGUUGGAUAAUUUUAUGUGGGACAAUGUUGUAUAUCAAUCACAAUAAUGAAUCUUAAUUUCUAUUCUCCUGACAUCGAUGAUCUAGAGACAGAUAUAGAGUAUUUGUCAAUCUGUGAAAAGAAAAACUUUGCCCCCCCCCCCCCAAA